UCUCCUGGGAGCCUGGCUGGUUGUGCCCCGCAGUCAGCCUGCCUGCCUGCCUUUAUCAAAGAGCUGGUAGCUUUGCCUCCUACCUGCGUGGGGCUUCUGGAAUUUUCUACCUGGGUGUCCCUUGGUCCUGUAGCCCCACAAGUGGCACGCUGCCUCCAUCCUAUGCCUGUGACAGCAGCUGCACAGAGCGAGUUCCUCAAAGGUAGAUUCUGGAAGCUUCUCAGUCUUGGGAGGUGGGACCUGGCGCACAAAGGGCGCUCCAGUCUCAGGAGCAGGUGUUCUCAGGCUCCAGCCAAGUGGGCCUGCGGGGCGGCCAGUCUCCAGCAUCCCCGCCGGUUCCUCCAGGAGCAGCAGGAGCCCCACCGCCUCCUGAGCAGGGCGACCCCGGUCUGUGUCUGUCUUGGCCCGCAAGAUGCUGCCUGUGUCCCCGGAGGUGAAGACCAGCCCGCUGCAGAAGGCGAACUUCUGCUCGCGCCUGUUUGUCUGGUGGCUAAACCCCUUAUUUAAAAUCGGUCACAAACGGAAAUUAGAACCAGAUGACAUGUAUUCAGUGCUUCCAGAAGAUCGCUCCCAGCGCCUUGGAGAAGAGCUGCAAGGGCACUGGGAUCAGGAAGUGAAGAGAGCCCAGAAGGACGCACGGGAGCCUUCCUUAAUGAAAGCAAUCAUAAAGUGUUACUGGAAAUCCUAUGCAGUUUGGGGAAUGUUUGCAUUUCUUGAGGAAGGCACCAGAGUAGUUCAACCCAUAUUUUUGGGGAAAAUUAUUAGUUAUGUUGAAAACUAUGAUCCUGAUGAUUCUACCGCUUUGCACGAAGCCUACGGCUACGCGGCAGGGCUGAGCGCCUGCGUGCUCGUGUGGGCUGUUCUGCAUCACUUGUACUUCUAUCACAUCAGCGUGGGGAUGAGGCUGAGAGUAGCUGUGUGCCACAUGAUCUACCGCAAGGCCCUUCGCCUGAGUAGCUCGGCCAUGGGGAAGACCACCACAGGCCAGGUAGUCAACCUGCUGUCCAACGAUGUGAACAGGUUUGACCAGGUGACGAUGUUCUUGCACUAUCUGUGGGUGGGGCCACUGCAGGCUGUUGCAGUGACUGCCCUGCUCUGGAUGGAAAUAGGAAUAUCAUGUCUUUCCGGGAUGGCAGUUCUCAUUAUUCUUCUGCUUUUGCAAAGCUGCUUCGUGAAGUUGUUUUCAUCACUCCGGAGUAAGACUGCUGCUCUCACAGACAAGAGGAUCAGGACCAUGAGUGAAGUCAUAACUGGCAUCAGAACAAUAAAAAUGAAUGCUUGGGAAAAGUCAUUUAUAGACCGUAUUACCAGACUGAGAAGUAAGGAAAUUUCCAAGAUUCUGAAAAGUUCCUACCUUAGAGGCAUGAAUUUGGCAUCAUUUUUCACUGUGAGCAAAAUCAUGAUUUUUGUCACCUUCAUCACCAAUGAGCUCCUUGACAACCUGGUCACAGCCAGCCAAGUGUUUGUGGUGGUGACGCUGUUCGAGGCUCUGCGGUUUUCGAGCACCCUCUAUUUCCCCAUGGCCAUCGAGAAGGUGUCAGAGGCUGUCGUCAGCAUCCAAAGAAUCAAGAACUUUCUGUUACUUGAUGAAAUAACACAGUGUUACCCUCUGCUGCCAUCAGAUAGUAAAAUGAUCGUGGAUGUGCAAGCUUUUACAGCUUCUUGGGAAAAGGCAUCAGAGACCCCAUCCCUACAAGGCAUUUCCUUUACUGUCAGACCUGGUGAACUGUUAGCUGUGGUCGGACCUGUGGGAGCAGGAAAGUCGUCACUAUUAAGCGCUCUGCUGGGGGAGCUGCCCCCGAGCCAGGGGAAGGUCAGCGUGCACGGGAGGAUCGCAUAUGUUUCUCAGCAGCCCUGGGUGUUUCCAGGGACUGUAAAGAGUAACAUUUUAUUUGGGAAGAAAUAUGAAGAAGACAGAUAUGAAGAAGUAAUAAGGGCUUGUGCUUUGGAAGAGGAUUUACAGCUUUUGGAGGAAGGAGAUCUAACUGAGAUAGGAGACAGAGGAACCCCGCUGAGUGAAGGACAGAAAGCCCGGGUCAGCCUCGCCAGAGCCGUGUAUCAGGACGCAGACAUCUACCUCCUGGACGAUCCGCUCAGCGCAGUGGAUGCAGGAGUCAGCAGACACUUGUUCGAAGAGUGUAUUUGUCAGGCUUUGAAGGAGAAGAUCACAAUCUUAGUCACUCAUCAGCUGCAGCACCUAAAAGAUGCAAGUCAGAUUCUGAUAUUGAAAGAUGGCAAAAUGGUGGAAAGAGGAACUUACUCUGAGUUCCUGAAAUCUGGGGUAGAUAUUUUUUCCCUUUUUGAGAAGGGGAAUGAGCAGUCUGAACCAUCUCCAGUCCCAGGAGCUCCCACUGCGAUCUCUGAGUCUUUGGUUCAGUCUCUCCAGUCUCCCAGACCCUCAUUGAAAGAUGCGGCUCCAGAGGACCAAGAUACUGAGAAUAUACAGUUAACACUACCUCUAGAGGACUACUUGGAAGGAAAAGUUGGUUUUAAGACCUAUAAGGAUUACUUCACAGCUGGUGCUGACUGGCUUGUCAUCAUCUUCCUUAUUCUAGUAAACAUCGCUGCUCAGGUUGCCUACGUCCUGCAGGAUUGGUGGCUUGCAUUCUGGGCGAAUCUACAAAGUGACCUGUAUUCUGGGGCAUUAGUAAAAGAAGAUGAAGCUGUAGUGUUAGUUCUGAACUGGUACUUAGGAGUUUAUUCAGGGUUAACUGUGUCUACUGUCCUUUUUGGCAUCACACGGUCUCUGUUGAUAUUCUACAUCCUUGUUAAUUCUUCACGAACUUUGCACAACAAAAUGUUGGAGACCAUUUUAAGAGCUCCAGUAUUGUUCUUCCAUAGAAAUCCAAUAGGAAGAAUUUUAAAUCGUUUCUCCAAAGACAUUGGGCAUAUGGAUGACUUGCUGCCUCUGAUAUUUCAAGAUUUCAUGCAGACAUUUCUACUUAUGGUUGGUGUGGUGGGCGUGAUGGUGGCUGCAAUUCCUCGGACUGCUAUACUUGUGAUUCCCCUUGGCAUCAUUUUCUUUUUUCUUCGGCGAUAUUUCUUAGAGACGUCACGAGAUGUGAAACGCCUGGAAUGUACAAGUCGGAGCCCGGUAUUUUCUCACUUAGCAUCUUCUCUCUGGGGACUCUGGACCAUCAGGGCAUACAAAGCUGAACAGAAGUUUCAGGAGCUGUUUGAUGCACACCAGGAUUUGCACUCAGAGGCGUGGUUCCUGCUUUUGAUGACAUCCCGAUGGCUCGCUGUGUAUCUGGAUGUCCUCUGUGCCAUCUUUGUCACCCUUGUUGCCUUUGGAUCCCUGAUUCUGGCAAAAACUUUGGAUCUCGGGCAGGUUGGCCUGGUGCUGUCUCUCACGCUCACACUCACGGGGAUGUUCCAGUGGUGCGUCAGGCAAAGUGCCGAAGUUGAGAACAUGAUGAUUUCAGUAGAAAGGGGGAUUGAAUAUACAGACCUUGAGAAUGAAGCACCCUGGGAACUUGAGUAUCGUCCACCACCAAUAUGGCCCCCAAAUGGAAGGAUUUCCUUUUUCAGUGUGAACUUGAGAUAUAACUUGGACAAUCCUCUGGUAUUGAAGAACCUGGAAGCAUUCAUUUACCCAGGAGGAAAGGUUGGCAUUGUGGGAAGAACAGGAGCUGGAAAAAGUUCCCUCAUUGCUGCGCUUUUUAGAUUGUCAGAACCUGAAGGUGGCAUUUACAUUGAUGACAUCUUGACAACCAGUAUUGGACUGCACGAUUUAAGGAAGAAAAUGUCAGUUGCACUUCAGGAGCCCGUUUUAUUCACUGGGACAAUGAGGGAAAAUCUGGAUCCCUAUCAUGAGCAUACGGAUAACGAACUGUGGAAUGCCUUAGAAGAGGUACAACUUAAAGAAUGCAUCGAAAGUCUUCCUGCUAAAAUGAAUACUGAAUUAGCAGAAUCUGGAUUGAACUUGAGUGUUGGUCAGAAACAACUGGUAUGCCUUGCCAGGGCUCUUCUCAGGAAGAAUCAGAUAUUGAUUCUUGACAAAGCCACAUCAUACGUGGAUCCAAGAACUGAUGAGUUAAUACAAAAAAAAAUUCGUGAGAGAUUUGCCCAGUGCACUGUGGUGAUCAUUGCACACAGGUUGAGCACCAUUAUUGACUCUGAUUGGAUAAUGGUUUUGGAUUCAGGGACACUGAAAGAAUAUAAUCAGCCAUAUAAGUUGCUGCGAGAUGAAAACAGCCUGUUUUACAAGCUGGUGCAACAACUGGGUGAGGCGGAGGCUGCUGAUCUCACUGAAAGGGAAAAAUAGGUGUACUUCAAAAGGAGAUAGCCAGAUAUUAUAGUGACCUUGUGGUUAUCAACGUUUCCAGUGGACAGCCCUCAACCUCAACAAAUUUUGAGUCAACACUGUGAUUCUACCAUGAGUUCGUGUCUAUUCUGAAGGCUUUUUUCCAAUAGGUUUUGCACUGCAUAAACUAUAUUCUACUUCUUUUACACCAGCCAAAAAUAUUUACACAUUAAAAAAUGUGAGUUCUCCAACUUCACUCAGUGAUUUCAAGCUCUUGAAAAAGAUUUAUUACGUUUACUUAAAUGUUAUAUUGCUUUCUUUCUUAUCCAAAUCAGAGGUGCAGACCACCAAUAAUAGCCAUUUCCCAGGUUUUGUGUCUUCAGAGACUCCAGAGCCAAACUCAUUUUCUAAGUUUUGAGACAAAUUUGUCACAGGUGUUUUUCUUUCUUUCUUUCUUUCUUUCUUUUUUUUUCCCCCCACUGUUUCCAGAAUUCCCUAUUACUUUCCAGUUAUAUCAGGGAUUCUGUUUACUUGAAGACUGUGUGAAGGUGCUGUUUUGUCUCACCACUUCCUUUAACGUGACUAGGCUCCAUUUUUCAACCAAAAGACCACUGAUUAAAAUACUACAGAGAAAACUGAUAGGAAAACAUAACAAUAUACUAUAGUUUAAGUAACAAUUAUUGACUAUGCCAAAGCCUUUGACUGUGGUGUGGAUCACAAUA